AGGGGGCGGGGAAGGGAUACAGUCUCUGGAGAUUACAGGGAGACGACAGUGCGAGCCCGGUAGAUAACAACACCCGAGCAGUCACCGGCCGACUGACAGCUGAGGGGAACUCGAGUUACCGGGAAGCAGCGCUUAACCCUUUGUGCUGCUGGCAGCUGAGGGAUGUCCUCUGGUAUCAGGUAACAAAACACAGGCGCUGAGAAGGAAUACUAUGGUGGUUGUGUGCUCCUCGAUUUGAAUAAAGGAUUUUAUAAGAAAAUUUGACAAGAAGUCGCCAUGGAAAUGUCACACGAGCAGCCCACUAGUAAGAAAACAAAAGCACAAGCUCCUCUUCCGCCAAUACAGUCUAUUACCAAACCACGAAUGGAGCACAUGUCAUCUUCAGAGUCCGAGGAAACGGGAAACCAAAACUCAGACGAGUCUAAAGAAAAUCUUCUCCAUAGAAAAGUGGAACUCACCAUAUGUUUACCAGAUGUGCAGGAAAAACAUGUCACUGUUGAUGGCAGUAAAGCAGUGAUGGACUUAUUGGUGGACCUGUGCAGCCAACAUCACUUGAAUCCUGCUCAACAUACUCUUGAGGUGCGCUCCGGAAUGUCACAGCAACCCUUCACUUUAAGGCCAAAUACCCUCAUUGGAACUUUAGAUGUAGAAACUAUUUUUCUGAAGGAGAAAGUUCCAGAGGUAAAAGUACGAAAGCCACCUCCGAAGAUUCCUGAGAAAACUAUACGGCUUGUUGUGAACUUCCUUGGUACGCAGAAAGCGGUUGUCAGAGUCAAUCCUGCUGUGCCCUUGAGGAACAUCUUUCCAGCUGUAUGCGAGAAAUGUGAACUUAACCAAGACAAUGUGAUUCUCUUAAGAGAUGUAACCAACAAAGAAGAGCUAGACAUGUCUCGGUCACUGAAUGAGCUAGGUAUUAGAGAGCUGUACGCCUGGAGCAGCAAGCAAGAAAGGAAUCGUAACAGUGACACAGCAGAGAAGGAGAGAAAGGGAAUCUUUGGAUUUUUUCGAAGCUACAAGAAAGGAAACAAGCAGAAUGAAGGAAGCAUAGGAAAUGUCGAUAGUGAUGAUGGCGAGGAGAUUUUCAGAACUGCUGAUAACAGUGGUAACACAUGUGAGGGCUUUUCAACUGCUCCAAGCUCCCCAUCUGUGAAUUCACGACCUAUUGCACUUGGUGCAUCAUUGUCACUAAGCAAUAUUUCUGGGAUUGGUGCUAGAAGUGAAAUAAAGAAGCGUAGAGCACCGCCGCCUCCAAAACCAGCUGACCCAAUAGUUGCUGUAGAGAGAACUCCUGAAGACAUGUCAACUGAGCAGUUAUAUGCUGCAGUUCAAAAAGAGCAGCAGAAAAAGAAACGCAGAGCCCCACCACCGCCAACCUCUCAGAUGCCAAAUGAGAAGCAUGAAGAUUUGGAGAACAGGAGAAGCUCCAUUGGUAAUGGACGGCAGGUACCACAAAAGCCCCCAAGAGGAAACUCCCGAAGCCCACCCCAGUUAAUGAUUCCCCCACCCCCUCCUUACCCUCCUCCUGAUAAUGACAUUGUGGACCCACCAAUCUUUGAAAAUGGAGCUGCUGUAACAGGACCAACUAGACCUAUACCUGCUAAACGUGAAAAGCGAUUAAUUCGAUGCAGCAGUGUUUCAUCGGAGGAAGUUUUGACAACUGAUGAUGCUGGAUCUGUAAAUAGUUACACAGAGGAUUCGGGCAUUGUGAGCUCUCCAUCAGACAGCACCUCUCUAGAUUUGCUAAAUUAUAGCAGCAAAAGAAGAGAUAAAGCUGACAAUCAAUUGGAUGAAUGCAAGUCAUCUACAGACAAUGUGCAGCCUGCCAGAGCAGAAUCCUUUAACAGCGAGGACUCAUGGAGGCUAAAUACAAGUUCUAUCAGAGCAGAAGAUGAAGUGUCUCUAGUUAAAAGUGGGGAUGAAGAACAUUUUAUAGCUGCACAAUUCCAGCAGACACUGGCAGAGCUUGAUGAAGACUCAGAAGAUAUGGAUGAUGGAGACAUUGAAGAGAGCAACCAUACUGGUACUAGAACAAGUCCUGUAGGGGAAGAGUCAAGUCAUUAUAAUGAAUCCAGUGAACACAGUGCUGCUGUUCCUGUGACAAUAAUAGAUGAAGUUCCAGAAAUAAACGCAUUGAAGUACAAUCCGCACAACAUUGUUCCAGUAAAGGAAUACCGUGAAAUACAGCAAUCUUUGGCCAUUGCUAGCAGCCAGAGCAUUGGUGUGCCUCCAGAAGUAGACAAAACACAGAAAAUAAAUAAUAUAGCAUAUAAAACUCAUCGGUCUAUUUCACAAGAAGGAAAAUCUAAAGUUGAAUAUUUAAAACAUUUGGAAAAUCACAAUACAUCAGAUAUAUCUAGAAAUAAUUCCAGUAUCAGUACAUCUGAAAAGCAAUAUAUUAUUAAAGAAAAUCUGUCAUCUAAUACAAUAAUACCUGCUCCUUCCACCAAGGUAUUACCAGAAACCAGACCACCCAUCAACGUAACUAACAUAGUUCCAGAACAUAAAGAGGAAAUUGAAAUGAAAGAGAACCGUUCUUUAAAUAAUGUCCAUAAGACAACAAAGUCCACUAGACCAGUACUAUGGCGACAACAAACAUAUGAAACAAAAGUAGGCAUGACUACUUUUACAGUUGUCCCACCUAAACCAGAUAUAAAAAAAUAUGAUAGAGAGGUUUCCCUUUCAGCCAGCGCCAUUAAGAUAGAUGAUCAGGGGAAUCUAAUAAGCCCACAGUCUUCUUUUGAUAAAAACCAUUUGAAAGAUUCUUUCAUUAAUGAAACAGAUGAGACUCUCGUUGAGAAGCCUCUUUUGGAAAGAGCUAAAGAGUUCUGGAGAUCAAAUUCUUUGGAAUCUCAAGCUGUGGAGUCAAAAGAACAAACUGUCAAAAAGUUAGUUUCCAUAAAAAGUUAUAAGCCAAAUCAAGUACCAGAAAAUAAACUAAAUUCAACACCAUUUAUGGGUUUAAGCCAUCAGAUACCUGAUAAUAAAUUAAAGGAUACUAAUAAUCACAUGCUGCUGACAAAAUCAGCAUCAAAAUCAUCAACUCCUCAGGAAAAGAUGAUUAUAAUUGAAAAUACAAUUAAGGGAAGAACAGAAGCAUCAUUUGAAAAACCUACAGUUGAUAGCAAAUUUUAUGGAAUACAGCAAACAAAACCUACAAAAGGUCUAAAUGAAAACAUGACCAUUAUUGAAAGCAUAAUGAAGGAAAAAACUGGCCUACAAACUACAACUAAUGAAAGGCCUUAUGUAUUACCACAGACCAAACCAGUUCAGUCAUCAACAACUUUGCAAGGAAAAGUAAUCAUUAUUGAGCAACCAAACAAGGAAAGAAAAGAUUUGCCAUUUCUAAAAUCUUCCAAGAGGACAUCUAGCCAAUAUGUUGCAUCUGCUAUAUCUAAGUAUACAGAGCCUGUAAAUAAAAAAACUUCAGAGGCCAAACUGGAUUUAAUCUGUGAUAAUGGGAACAAAAAGUCAAAAAGCAACGGAAACAUUGUAGAGGAGCCAAAAUUUGAAAUUAAAGCUAUGAAAGAAGCAACUGUACAUCUAAAGAAAAGUUCUAGCAAUAGUAAUGGGGAAUUUAUAAAUAGAAAUCUCCAAAUGGAACCCGCAGCUAAAAUAAUUUCUGGUUAUGAGCAACUUAUGGAAGUUAAAAAAGAAAAGUCGUUGUCUGAACAGAAUGGCUUCAAUAGAUCACAGAGUGUUUUGGAGAACACAAGUGCAACUAAAAGUGCAAACAUAUAUUCUUCUGCUCCAGCUGAGUCUUUCCGUGUUUCUCGACCAGCUUCUGGCCUGCCGUCAAAUGCCUUCUUGAAAGCUGUUAGAGAAAAGUCUGUUAAAAUAGAACAAGCCAAUUCAGUUGUCCCCAUAAAAACUCCUGCUACUGUAGUAACCCCUAAGAAUGAAGAAAAAUAUGAUAUUGAUAUUAUACCUUCAACAGUAAUAGAUGAACCAGAUAGUCCUAGUAGCAGUAAUAUCUUUGGAUCUAAGACAAGAUUCCGACCAGUUGUGCAGAAACCUGUGCUAAAGAAUACCUCAAUUCAUAGUGCCCUAAUGGGAGCUAUUCAGUCUGGGGAAGGUAAAGAGAAGCUUCGGAAAAUUCAGAGCCCAUCAAAUGAUGGAGAUGAGAAGAAGUUUGCUGAGCCAGAGAAUGAAAGAUCUGCAUUACUUUCAGCAAUUCGAGCUCAUAAUGGCAACUCAAGGCUGAACAAGGUAUCUUCUGCUGCAUCCGAUGAACUCCAGACAUUAAGAAGUAAAGAAAUGUUGCAGAUCGAUAAUGAAUUUGUAACAGCGAAAACAUUAAAUCCUUCCCCACUAUUUUCUCCACCUCCUCCACCACCACCAGUACUAAACGCAGCACCAAAAUCACCACCAGUCUCAUUAAACAGUUCAGUGGAUACAAGAGGUGCUUUAUUGGAAGCCAUUCGUUCAGGCGCAGGUGCUUCCAGAUUGAAAAAGGUCUCUGCUUCAGUGCGUACGUUGUAGGACAAAAUAAUUGAAGAAAGCAUCUGUACCCUUUUGCGAUGCCCAGACAAUGACACACUUGAGAAGUCCAGAACAGCAAAGUCUGUCUUGAUAAUGUUGUCAACUGGCCAAAUUUUUUACUUGGUUUGCUGUUUCAAAAUAA